AUGUCUAUCCAAUGGACAGAUCACUGGGAAGAUAAAACCCACCAAACCCUCCCAAGGUUGAUCAAAUCUUACAUCGACAAAGAAGACUUCUCACACGCCGUUCGUGAUAUCCUGCGUCUAACAGAACUCCUGAUCCUGUCCAGCCACUUCACCGAGGCCCAUUUGAUUGCCUCAGCGGUAUUCAGAUUGGUAAAAGAUUUCGAAUUCACCGACAAGGGCGAAAAUCUUGACUUUGAGAUAUACACUCCUACCACUUUAAAGAUUUUCUGGGAUGUGCACAAAUCUACGUUCCCCCAACCUAGGAGGGCACCAUGCUCCGAUCGAGAAGACCGUGAAACAUGGAUAGCACAACAACAAUGGGGCAAAUACAGGGAAUGUACCCGUACGGGCUGGAUGCUUCAGCACGUCGGACUCGCCGAGCCAGAGAGCCCCUCUUCUAUUUGGCGCGAGACAGACGAUCCAGCCAUGCUGGCGAUGUGUGCGCGACUGCUCGCGAAAACAACCACCCCGUGUACUUAUCCGCCCGACAAUUUAGCACGGGAAGCACUCGAGGCAGCACAGAAACUCUAUGCAACACCGGAUACGCCAAGGGAAGAGUGUGGGUGGGGCCCCGACAAGCCGAAAAGACAUUCAUAUCUACUGUACCGGCGGUUGGCCGUUGAGCUCGCGAUUCGCUUGGGCGAAUUGCAAAUAGCGGCGGAUAUCCUUGGCCAAGGGCUAAGACAGGAUUGGUUUACUAACGGGGGUGAAUUGAGCGACUUUUUGAUGGUGCCUGGUAUCUAUGAUGUUUUGCCUCUAUUAGCCCGUGGUGGGAAGGAAAGUAAUCCUUUCUUCAUUUCCACAGAAGAUGCCGUGGUUAUGGUGAGGGAGAUAACUGCUGCGCUGGAGCUACGGGCUGAGCAUGGGAGACAGUGGGCAUUGCAUCCAUCUAAGGUUGGAUGGAGGGAGUUGUUGGAUCGACUUGCUGAGGGGGCAUGGAAAGCCCACCGUAAAGAGUAUCAGUCCAUGGGGAUACAGAGUGCCAAGGAUAUCUUGUAUGACCCUGCCACGGAGGAGGAGAUCACGGCGGCCGAGGAGAAAGUUGGUGAGCUGCCCGCUGAUUUCAAAGAGAUGGUUCGAUUGGCGAACGGAUUUAUGGGCGGCUGGCAUUUCUUCGCAGGUGGUAUAGCGGGCAUUCAAUAUAUCACCACAGAGGGGAACGGCUAUGCAGACAUUGGCUAUGAGCAUUACGAAGAUGAGCUGGGAGAUAUUGAUUACAAGAUGAUCCAACUUGAGCCCGGCACCGAAUGCGAUUCAUUCGAUCAUUUCAUUGUUCCUCCUAAGUACUGGAAGGAGGGCAAGUUGCAGGCGGGAAAAGAAGUCGAAGACGGCGAGUAUCAGUACUGGCAUUGGGCAUUUUGGUCAGGGAGUGGAAUCCGUCACUGGGACUCUGUACGGGACUUUGUUUGUAGCUGCGUGGAGGAGGUAGAAGAUAUGAUUGAGAAUGGCGAAGAGGAGGACUGGGAACGAAACUCGGAUGCCGAUUAUCUGGAGGAAGUUGAUGGCAGCGCACGGUAG